AUGUAUACUAUUGUAACUACGGCAAUCCUGUUGAUUUUUCUUACUUCUGGACAUUAUACACUCGACGUUCAAUUUCAUUCAAAUACGCCGGAUGUCAUUCCAAAGGCCAGGACAUCGAAAGGUAUCACACUGAAAGUGGCAUUAUAUCCAUUUCUACCUGAUUCAGCCGGUGACAACUUUGCGAAUUUAACCCGAUUUAUUAGAGAAGAAUUCGUCAAAGUUCAACCUGAUAUCGAUCUUCAGCUUCGUCCACUAAGCCAAGACGCAGAUUUUUAUAGUCUAGCAACACUCAAGUCAUGGCUUCUAAGCAACGGCGAAGGAUACGAUAUAGUCGAAAUCGACACUGUCCUAUUGGGUGAUGUUGUCAAUGCUGGACUGAUCGCUCCGAUAUUUCCCAUUCCCGAUAAUCAUUCCGAUUGGCAUCCAACUGCUGCUCGUGCGGUUCAAUUUAAUCAAGUAGUGUAUGGUUAUCCACAUCUAAUGUGCGCUAAUUUUCUUUUUACUCGCAACGAACAAGUUGCUCAAGUAAAAACUCUGGAUCAAUUGAUUCAUAUUUUGGGUUCAACUCCUACCGACAAGUAUCGUCUAAUCGGAAAUUUAAAUUCCAGCUGGGAUUUACCUGGCCUCUGGGUUAACAGUUACCAAAACAGUAACGGCAUGGGUUCGGACGUACAAGCAUUCGCAGUUCAUUCUUACCAAACUACUUCAUUCGAAAGUAUGCGCAAAUUAUCGCAACUCUGUGAGCGAAGUGGAGGAGAAAAUUACUGUCUUAAUGGUGUAUUUAGAAACAAUGCAACGAUGAUAGCAUCGUUAUUCGCGACUAAACAGGCAGCGGCUAUGAUCGGAUAUUCCGAGCGAUUGUUUCUUAUUCUGAAAAAUACACAACCCGAUGAUUAUCUUAAUAUCAAAAUCAUUCCAUUAACAGUAGGAUCAGUUGAUAAUCAACCGAUUUACUUCACCGAUGCAUUUGUUUUUCGACGAAAUAUGUCGGACGACGUUGCAAAUGCCGCACGUUCAUUCGUGGAAUUCAUGAACACGCCUCGCAUGCAAGCUGCUGUUGUCGGCAGUGAAGAUAGUAUCAACCCGAAACUACGAUAUUUACUUCCAGUAUCACGAAAUGCUUUUAAUGAACCAAUCUUAGCAAAUGAUCGAUUUUAUCAACAAUAUUUUCGCAAUUUAAGUGUCGGUUAUCCAUUUACAACACUCGGGUUUCCAAAUGCACGUCAAGACAUUCAAAAAGCUAUUUAUGUUGACAAAGUGGAUCGACUUCCUGGUGGUUUCAUGAAUUUCACCUGUCGCAUACAUUUCAAAACUGAACUCGAACAUACUCCAUCGGAGAAAGUAGAUGGCGCUGAUAGUGAAGAUUGCGUAUCCUCCCUUUCCAAUCGUACGUCAAAUGAACGAAGCACGAGCCCUACAGCUACUGAAACAUGUGCCGUAUCAAAUCGACAACACGAAAUCAGGACUGGCUGA